GGCGGAUCCGACAGACGGAUCUCGAGCUGCUCGUCGCCGCGACACUGAUGCCAGACGUGUUUGAAGCAAUCCGUGGCGAACGAAGAGGAUACGUCCGGGAGAGACAUCGCGCAGAAUGCCCUGACAGUGUCCGCCGAGUGACGAGUUGAAUCUCCGUCGGGCGUAGCGCCCCAGUCGGGAUCGUUGUGAAGAUGGACACGUCGGCGAUUCGAUCAUGCGCAUAAAUGAAUUAGUGUAUGCGACCCGAUGCUCUGAGAGACGAACUGGAGGGCGACAUGUAGUCGCGGCCGACCGAACCCAUGACCCAUGUCUCGCAGAGCUUCUUGUUCAGAUCAAAGCGGAAGCUCCCUCGCACACCAUUUGGCUCCUGCGAUGCUGGCCGGAACGUGAGCGUGUUGAUGGACAGCUUUUUGGGACUGAGAAGGGCGCCAGAGAUGAGGCGGAGGGCGUCCGCACGACGGAAGCUGCACCCGCAAAGGGACGGACGGGUAACGGACGCGAAGCACGCAAGGUAACUGAAGAACGCUGGGCGAGACGCCUUCGUAGGGUACUGUGGGCUGCUCUAGUGCCGAGAGGAGGUACCCUGGUACGCAGAUGGAGGAUGCCUGCGCGUACGGCGCACCCGGGUACUCAAGCAUCUCGAGCGUGGCGACCGCAUGACUGUAGAUUUGCCAGUUGCGCUUGGACAAGAGCACGCGCACCAAGUCGCUCAGAGCUGCCUACCGUCGCGCUCCGGUCAAGGCACGCGCGACAUACGAGGCAGCACUGGACGGGCUCGUUCCAGAGCGACUUAACUCGCGAUGAACUCGAUGGUCUCUUUGAGAGGACUGGAUAUUCUUCGCUGGAAUAAAUGGCUGGCCGGAAUUAAAUCUUGUUACGCGUCCCUUCAUCCAACAUUCUGAGCGGUUUCUGUAUAGCUCGAUACGAUGUUGAUAGGGGUAUUGAAUUAUCUAAAGCUUCCAGCAAUGUUGCGCCGUGCAAUGGCCGGAGAUUGGCUGGCCAUCGGACGGACACAACUGAACGGAAACCAAGCAGGACGAGGGCUGCCGAGCACUGAUUCUAGGAAGUC